AUGGGUCAAACUGCAUAUUGGAAUGAGCGUAAUGAAUCUGUGUUUCAGAAUUUAUUUGAAGAACUAGAAAGUGAACUUCAGAUCUUUUUGAAAAAGAUGUCGGUCCCACCCAUAUUUGAUACACCAUUCACUCGUAUUACAGAACAUUGGCUCAGCCACCAACAUAGUGAAUGUGCAUUCUUAGAGAAGGACUUUAAUAGAUGCGCUGCCACAAUUGGAGUACAACGUGCCCAGAAAGAAUGUAUGAGGGAAUAUCAGGAUUUCUAUGAAUGUGCCACUAAAAUGAAACAACAAGAACGUCACUGGAUUAUGCAAGCUGUGAGGAAGGAGAAAGGACUUCCCUAUAAGCCAGCCCCACCCCCAGACUCCUGGAACUUCAGCCAGUAUGCACCACACACAGCUCCUAAGAUCACUGCUGCGAAAACUUAACUACAAGAUAAUUUAGGUUAAUUUAAUUAUUAUUGUCAUGGACUGCAGUGUGGUGUAUGCAUUUGCUCUUUACAUACAUAUUUGAGACAUUUUGUCACCCAAUCAAUCAGUGUUGUUUUGAAAACUGAACUGUUGAUUGGUGCUGCCAUCUUUUCAUUAGAUUUCAAAAUUGCUAAUUGUAAAGUACAUGUAUUAUAUGUACCAAAAAGAAAUUUAGAAUUGUACAGACUGUAGCUCUCAAUAGUUUUAUCAUGACACUUAAAAUCAGAUAUUCUAUAGCUUGAAUUUAAUGGGUGUGUACUCAAAGACUAGAAAAAUACAUAUACAUUGUUAAUAUUUAUCAAAA